AUGUUUGAAGCAGAAUACCAGAUCAUCGGGCGCCAUCUGCCUUCAGAGGCCAACCCUGCGCCCAAGAUCUACCGUAUGCGCAUCUUUGCGCCUAACGAGGUCGUCGCCAAGUCACGGUUCUGGUACUUCCUUGGCAAGCUCCGCAAGAUCAAGAAGGCCAACGGUGAGAUCGUCUCCGUAAACCAGAUCCACGAGAAGAAGCCCCAAAAGGUCAAGAACUUCGGUAUCUGGAUCAAGUACGACUCGCGCUCUGGCACCCACAACAUGUACAAGGAGUACCGUGAGAUGUCCCGUGUCGCUGCCGUCGAGGCUCUCUACCAGGACAUGGCUGCCCGUCACCGAACGCGCUUCAGGUCCGUCCAGAUCCUCAAGGUCGUCGAGGUUGAGAAGACCGACGACAUCCGCCGACCAUACAUCAAGCAGCUCCUCACCAAGAACCUCAAGUUCCCGCUGCCCCACCGCAUCAACAAGAAGGCGGGCAAGAAGGUCUUCUCUGCCAACCGCCCAUCCACUUUCUUCUAA